AUGACGGAUCGCUCGCAGGAGAUUCAAGUGCAUCACAUCCAUCACCCAAAACAUGGCAUCGAAAGCUUCAAAAGCCGCAUUCCUGAGAAAGGUCCUUCGACCUCCCAAGUCAUAGCGGUCAUCACGCUCUUCCCCAUCGGCGGUAUCUUGCUCACCAUCGCCGGUAUAAUCUUGACCAUCACCGUCAUCAGCUUAGCGUUGGCGACCCCACUCUUCGUGAUCUUCAGCCCUGUAUUGGUCCCUGCGACGAUCGUUAUCGGGCUAGCAUUGAUGGGAUUCCUUGCUUCGGGUGCGUUUGGGCUCACAGCAGUGUCGUCUCUGUCAUGGAUCUUCAACUACUUGCGUGGGUCGGUGACGGGGGCGACAGCCGACAUGCCUGAACAGCUGGAGUAUGCGAAGCGGCACAUGCGGGAAGCGGCGAGCCACGUUGGUCAGAAGACCAAGGACGUGGGCCAAGCCAUCCAGAAUAAGGCCCAGGAAGGAGGUCGGACCCAUGAAAGCGGCCGGACCCGUUAG